GCGCGUUGGGGCGGCGGCGUGAUUUGAGGCGCCAUGGAAGGUGUGGCUGCGGGUGGCAGCCCGGGCACUGCUGCAGGGGCCGGAGAAACGACCGUGGCGGCCGGCGACGUAGGCACGACGGAGGGCAGGCAAGGCAGGGAUGGGGACGGCAGGCAAGGCGCGGCUGUGGAGGGCUCGUCGCCCGAUGACGACCCAGGCACGAUGAAGGGCGGCCAAGGCGCUACUGCGAGCUCCGACGAUGGCGCUGCUGCGGGCUCAGGCGAUGGCGCUGCUGCUCGCUCAAGGGACGGAGGGUCGGCAUCAGGUUGGGCAUCACCAGCGUGUCUACAAGGGAUGGAUCCAAAUUCAAGCUAUUUGCUGAAAAUUAGAAUGAUUAGCAACCCAAAGAAAGCUAGAAAGGAGAUCAAAUAUUUUUAUUUUGAGAAGGUUAUUGAUUCUGAUUUGACAAACUAUGAAGAUUUGGUUGAAUCAGUUCUAGUGCAGUACCCGCCACGUUAUUUGGAAGUUGCACAUGUUCAGUACUAUGAUGAUGUUCUGAAAACAUUCCCAGAAAUAAAAUCAGACCAAGAGUUGAUGUCUAUGUUUGAGAAACACAGUAAGACGAAGAUGGUGCAGAUGUUCUUUGCAUAUUGUGAUCCCUCUGAACCUUAUGCUCCCAUCACCGAGUGUGAACAAGAUGAAGAGAAUAUGUAUUUGGAGAAAGAACCUACAUGUCUAAAUGUGGUUCUUUUUCCUAAUAAAGAGAAGGACAAAGACUAUGCUGAUGCUGAUGGGAGUAAGGAUGAGAGCGAAGAUGAGAGCGAGGAUGAGAGUAAGGAUGACAGCAAGGAUGAGUCUGAGUUAGAGGAGGAGGAAGAGUUGCAUGAGGUAAAUCAUGCCCCAGAUAUAGAGUACAAUAAGGAAGACCCCUGUAUGACCGAAGGUUCCACAUAUCCCAAUAUGGAUGAGUUCAAGUUGGCCCUUUCUCAGCAUGCAAUCAAACAUCAAUUUGAGUUUAACACGGAGAAGAGUACACCAUGUAGGUUUAGGGGAUAUUGUAAAAGAAGAGAUGAAGAUAAUUGUCCAUGGAGGAUACAUGCUUCUACAACAGAUAAUAUGUGUACUGUGGUGGUGAAAAAAAACCCGUGUGAUCAUGAUUGUUCUAGUGCAAGAAGGAAAAAGAAGGUGAAGAAUGCAACUAAGUAUUGGGUAUGUGAGAAGGUGAAGGACUGGCUCAUUGAAGAUGCAACUCUAGGAGCAACGGAAUUGCAAAAAAAGCUUAAAGAACACUACAAGGUCAAAAUCCACUACAAGAGAGUAUAUAUGGGUAAGCUACUAGCCUUGAGGGAACUAUAUGGUGAUUGGGACAGCAGCUUUGACAAUUUGUAUAGGUUUAAAGCAAAAGUUGAAAGUUGUUGCCCUGGUAGCAUAGUGCACAUCGAUCAUCACACAAUAUCUGGUAAAAUCAGGUUUAGAAGAAUUUUUGUUGCUUUCAAACCUUGCAUAGAUGGGUUCCUUGGUGGUUGCAGACCGUAUUUGGCAAUAGAUAGCACAUUCUUGACAGGCAGGUUCAAGGGGCAGUUGGCUAGUGCUACCGCCGUUGAUGGCCAUAAUUGGAUGUAUCCGGUUAGUUUUGGAGUUUUUGACUCUGAAACUAAUGAGAAUUGGACUUGGUUCAUGCAACUGCUAAGACAAGCCAUAGGAUCACCAACAGGUUUAGCCAUAUGCACCGAUGUUGGCCGGCGAGUUAUGACAGGGGUAAAAGAAGUGUUCCCAGAGGCAGAACAUAGAGAGUGUAUGUUUCACUUGGUGACCAACUUCAAGAAGAAGUUCCAUGGGAAGGUGUUUGAUGACCACCUUUGGGCUGCUGCUUACUCUUGGAACCCAUAUUUAUUUGGCAAACAUUGGGCUGCUAUGGAGACAGCAAAGCCAGCUGCAACAGCAUAUGUAAGGAAGUGGCACAAUAGGUUGUGGUCUAGGAGCCAGUUCUCAACUAUAUGCAAGGUGGACUAUGUAACCAACAACUUGGCCGAGAGCUUCAACAAGCUGGAUUAA